AUGACUAAGACUCCUUUUACUGGAAAGGCUGAAAAAGUAGGUGUGCUCAUUGGGCUAAUACAUUUGGAUGUAUGUGGACCCUUAAAGACACCAGCCAGAGGAGGUUAUUCGUAUUUCAUUACGUUUAUAGAUGACCAUUCUAGAUUUGGUUAUGUGUACCUAAUAAAGUACAAGUUUGAAACUUUUGAAAAGUUUAAAGAGUUUAAGGCUGAGAGGUUCAAGAACCACAAACUGACAUCCCUUUUGGAACUUGAGUCGACUGUUGAAGCAUUGGAUGCUCAAAUUAGUACUCAAGAAACACAAGUGCUCCGUAGAUCUAUAAGACAGAGACAACUUCCAAAGAGAUAUAGAUUUAUGAUGGAAAGAGAUGCUCUGCCAAUUGACAAGGAGCCUACUAAUUAUGAGAAAGCAAUAUUUGAUAUUGAUUCUGAUAAGUGGUUGGAGGCCAUGAAAUCUGAGAUGGAUGCCAUGCAUGUCAACUAA